UCUUAUUCCUAAUGCGCAUGCGCAUCCUAGCAGAAUCAAUCUUCUUCUUAAUUGCUUCCAAAUGCACUAUAAAAUGAUAGCAUAUAUACAAUAUGUAUUAUUGUUUGUAUCUGUCCUUAUUUGAACUCUGUAACUGUUUACUUUGGUCAUUGCAUCAUUGUGGGUUUUCCCUUGUAUUCUUAUAAUUAUGAAAUGAACACAUGGUAAUUUGCUGAAAGUGAGUAGUUAUUGAAUCCUAUCUAAUCCAAGUUUGGCCGGUCUCUGGUCCUUACUUGGAAUUGUGUUGAACAGUCAGCUGUUUGAUCAAAUACUCGCUCUCGCUCUACGUACGUGAUGGCAGAUGCUACACGUGCCAUUUCUAAUUACGAAGAGGUGUGGCUAAAUCCUCCAUUACUCGUUUGAUCGUUCGCACUCAGAGAAUGCGGCACCUGAUACUGGAAGAAAUGCCAAACAACUACUGGCAAAGUUGCAAGAUGCCACUGAAGAGUACCAGUGCAUCCACAUGUCACUGGUUGAUGCCAUAGAAGAGCUAGAAACUGAACAAGCUGUACUGGAUGAGCUACUGGACACCUCAGAAGAUUUGGCUGCCCGAAUUCAGGCAGUAAUUGAUUCCAAUGAUAAACUUAGUCCCGAUGAUGAAUACAGAGGUGUCACUCGCAGAUUGGCUCGCUUACAGAGAUCUUUGGCUCCAAUUGACGAUGCUCUUAAGACAUUAGAGGGUGGUGAACAUCCAGAUGUACCCCGCAUGAAGCUAUACCGAGACCACAAACAGGAACUCACAAACAUUGAUGUUAAGCUUUUCUCAUUGGACAUAGUCGAAACUGAUGAUUUCAUGACUCAGCACACACGACUCAGUGACACAUUGUUUAAUCACUCUGUCCGACUAUUUGAAACUCACACACCCAUGAGGGUUGUAACAACCACUGACGGAGAUAUCAGAGGAGCCAGAUUACCGAGAUUGGAAGUACCUACGUUCGAUGGUAACAUGCUUCAUUGGAGAAACUUCUGGGAGCAAUUCAGCAUCUCAGUACACAGUCGCUCAGGUCUGUCCCCAGCAGAGAAGCUCGUCUACUUACAACAAGCCCUAAAGGAUGGUCCAGCCAGAAGCACGAUUGAAGGUCUCUCUCGCAGUGGAGACAACUAUAAAGAAGCAGUUCGCUACCUCAAGACCAAGUACGACCGUCCUCGCCUACACCAGGCCCAUGUGAAAACCAUUCUGGAUGCUCCUCCCAUCAAGGAAGAGGAGAUUCGUAAGUUGCAUGAUACUGUAAUACAGAAUUUACGUGCUCUGAAAUCGAUGGGAUAUGAUCCAUCAGGCCCAUUAGAAUUGAAGCUUGACCCUAACACAAUGUUUGAAUGGCAAACGCAUAGCCAGAAGAGUCCCCCAUUUCCAAGAGCUCCUUGAGUUUUUAAACCUUCGUGCUCAAGCGUCAGAAUCCUCCCUUUCCGAAGUUAAUAAGAAAACAAGACAUGAUAGUCAUAAUUUGAGAAAGGGUUUUUCCCCCAGUGGUAGUGUGGCCUCUCAUGCGGCAAAUUCCGAGCCGUAUUCUAGUCAAUGUGUGCUAUGCAAACCUGAUAAGCAUCCGUUAUAUGCAUGUCCUAAAUUCAAAGAUUUGUCACAUGAAUACAAGAUUGCUACUCUGAAAGCUAACUACCUGUGCAUGAACUCUAAUCACUUUGUGAAGCAUUGCACGAUGUCAGAAGCCGCACCACACUCUAUUACACGUGGCUAACACUGACGCUUCAAUAAAUGUAAAUUCAACCCCAGCUACUAUCCUGCCACCAAGGAUAUCCGAUCCUGCAACAAUAAACAUUGCAGCUCCGCCAUUCGUGCCACAAAGUAUGGAAUCAUUGAAUCUUUCCCAAUGCGAACCUCCUAGUGACGUAGUCACGGGUACAGCCAUUAAACUUCGAUCGAACACUUUGUUAAUGACUUGUCGACUUGUAGUGUGCCCACCUGAUGGCACACGUGUAGAAGCUAGAGCCUUACUUGACAACGGAUCCUCUGCGUCUUUCGUAUCGGAACGCCUAGCCCAAAUUCUACGAUUGCCUUAGCCUCGACCCCCGACCCCCGGCCGAUCCGUCUCCAAUUGAACGCUAGGUCGCCUACUAGGCCUGGUAUUGAUUGUAUUUGGGCGUGAUCUGGGCGUGGUUUUUUAAUACAUUGACUCGUGGUACAACAAAAAAUGAAUCCUCCAACAGUGGUGGGGCAGUAUAAGGGGCAGUAUACAGCAGGAAAUACUUCCCAGGAAAUACUUCCCAGAAGACACUUCUUUGGCAGUGGCAACCAAAUCUUUGUCGAUUCCUUCGAUUCCUUUAUUGCUUUAUUGCUACUGAGGAUGGCAGCAGAAACACCUCUAUUGUUUAGACUCCUGAUCUGGUCAAUCAUGAGUCUCAUGAUGAGAGAUACAAGGGGAGAGACAAUUAACAAGAACAACACUUUUGUCAACAAGAGGAGCCUUGGUCCUACCUAGCUUGUAGUCCAUUAAAAAGGGUAGCAACUGAUAUAGCAGAGAAGACUUGCCAUACCCCGUUGGCAACCAGGUAAACACGUGCCUGGGCCUGUUCUGCCAUGAGAGUGAGGCCAUCUUGCUUCAAACAAGACAACGAGUUGCAUGCCAUAGCUAGCUAGCUAUAAAUUGAGAACAUGACACGGAGCUAAAUUACUGUAACUUUUACGGGAGUAAAAUGCCUCUACGUACACCUUUAGUAUUACAGAAAAAAAGCAGGAAACAAAAUGUAAAGAAUCACUGCUUUUGUUUCCGGUUCCUGCCACGCCCAACUUCGUUCUAUUAAAAAAAAAUAGGCCUGGGACCGAGGCUACGAUUGCCUAGGACCAGUCAGAGAGCUAGAAUAUCUGGCGUGGCUGGCAUAACCCAUAG